AUGACGAAUGUUUCGCAAUUGUGCACUGGAGAAAUUUGGAGCGUUGAAAUCGGUCGCGGAUCACGCCAUUCGCAAUCAAAUGCGAAGGCGUCACAAUGUGGCGACGCAAGAACUUCUUUGAUUCGCUCUAAUCCGCACUCGUCUUCCACGACGAUGAUUCUCUUCUUCGGCACCAGGAGGGGAAGUUCAGAAGAAAUUGUCAUACUUUGA